AUCCAGAAAAAAAAAAAAAACAAAAAAAAAAGAAUUUUUUUUUCUUUUCUUUUUAAAUAAAACAAAAAAAAAUAUAAAAAAAUAAUAAUGGGAUACACAAAUGUGUCCAUAUUAUUAGUAGCCGCCCUGGUCGUGGUGUUUGUUUCACCGAUGGUGUUGGCAGAUGAUACAACACCAAUCCCAGAGGCCAAACCCCAAGUGGAACAGUGGUUCAAGACCAACGUUGGUCCUUUAGCUUCGCGUAAAGGCACUUUAGAUCCAGCUCUCGUAGCUGCGGAGGCUGAGCCACGUAUCAUCAAUGUGAAUAAGAAGGGAGGUGAAUUCACAACACUAACGGACGCAUUAAAGAGCGUACCAGCAGGGAACACAAAGCGAGUGAUAAUAAAGAUGGGUCCUGGUGAGUACAGAGAGAAAGUCACUAUCGAUAGAAACAAACCUUUCAUUACAUUGAUGGGACAGCCUAACGCAAUGCCCAUUAUCUCCUUCGAUGGAACUGCCGCUAAGUAUGGAACCGUAGAUAGUGCCUCCCUCAUCAUUUUAUCCGACUAUUUCAUGGCCGUCAACAUCGUCGUUAAGAAUACAGCGCCAAUGCCUGAUGGUAAAACAAAGGGAGCACAAGCUUUGUCUAUGAGAAUCUCCGGAAACAAGGCUGCUUUCUACAACUGUAAGUUCUAUGGUUUCCAAGACACGAUCUGUGACGAUACCGGAAACCAUUUCUUCAAGGAUUGUUACGUUGAAGGGACAUUCGAUUUCAUCUUUGGAAGUGGAACCUCUAUGUACUUGGGAACACAACUGCACGUGGUGGGAGAUGGAAUUAGAGUGAUUACAGCGCACGCGGGAAAGAGCGCAGAAGAGAAGAGUGGAUACUCUUUCGUGCAUUGCAAGGUGACUGGAGACGGUAACGGAAUCUAUUUAGGUAGGGCAUGGAUGAGCCACCCUAAGGUUGUCUACGCUUACACCGAGAUGACCAGCGUCGUCAAUCCUUCCGGAUGGCAAGAAAACAAGAUGCCCGCACAUGACAAGACCGUGUUCUACGGAGAGUACAAGUGCUCGGGACCAGGAUCACACAAAGCCAAGAGAGUUCCAUUCACGCAAGACAUUGAUGCCACUGAAGCUAACCGUUUCCUUUCCCUCGGCUACAUCCAAGGAUCCGCGUGGCUUCUCCCACCUCCCGCUUUGUAAACGCUUUAAUAUAUAUUAACCUUUACAAAUUAAAAAAAAAAAAACUAUACUUAUACACUUAUUCACCGAGAAUAUGUAUAUCGAUCGGUGUAUUUUUAUUUUAAUUUUGGCUGUAUUUUUUUUAUUUUGUUUUCCAAGAGUCCUCUCUUAGUUGAGAGUUGAGACUUCUUAGUUGAGAGUUGAGACUUGUGUAAUUUUUGGUUUCAUUACAUUAAUAUGAAGUC